UAUACUAGAAACAAACCAUCUUUUAAUUCAUUCACAAAAUGUAACAUUAAAAUAAACUGUCAAAAUGAGUCUUGAGAAAACAUUCAAUAAAGCAGCACAGUAUUUACAAUCGUUGGCAUCAGAAUUAAAUUCUACUGAACUCUUACGAUUCUAUGCUUUGUAUAAACAAGCUACAAUUGGACCUUGUAAUAUUUCAAAGCCCAAUUGGUAUCAAAUGCAAGCAAAACAAAAAUGGGAAGCAUGGGAAAGUCUUAAUGAUAUGAGUUGUGAUGAUGCCAUGAAUAAUUAUAUACAAGAGUUAACUAAACUUAAUCCUAAUUGGAAAGAAAAUGCACAAUCUGAAUCUAGUAAUUGGGUUGGUAUUAGUCAAUUAGUAAAUAUGGAAGAUGAAAUAAGUGAUACGGACAAAACCUUUUUGGAUUGGGUAAAAGAAGGACACAUAGAGAAAGUACAAGAGCUGUUGGAUAAAGAACCAAAACUUGCAAACUUAACAGAUUCAGAAGGUUUGUUACCUAUACACUGGGCUGCAGAUAGAGGUCAUUUGAGGAUUAUAGAACAAUUGAUUAAAAAAGGAACAAAUGUAAACUCACAAGACGAAGAUGGACAAACGCCAUUGCAUUAUGCAGCAUCAUGUGGACAUCUUGAUGUUGUCAAAUAUUUACUUUCUAUAGGAGCUCAAUCCAUAGAAGAUAAAAAUGGUAUGCAACCCAAAGAUAUUGCUGAUGAACAUUUAAGAGGCAUAUUAUGA